ACUUGGUGCUGUCGGUAUCUCGAAGCUUGCGUCCAACGGUUGUCGCGCUCUGCUGCCACUUGCCAGCCUUCAGACCUAGUGCAGACAGUAGAUAGAUACAGCUAUACCGUGAGUGUGAGUGUGCGUGUUGAGAACGGGUUGAUGUGGUCCGACGGAGUGGUCCUUUCUGGACAAUCUAAUUCAAUCCAAUCAUCAUCGUCAGCUAUCAAGGAAGAAGCAUCGGUCGGGUUCGGCAGUGCAUAGCGAAAGGGGUGAGCAGCAAAAGUGAGUUGUGGCUUCCCAUGCUUUGUUUUUUAUUCUGGGAGAGUGUUUCCGACGAUAUUAGCUUUCUGAUGUGAUGAAGAGUCGCCAGCGGAAUACGUAACAUAAAUUGAUAGUUCUUAAUUAAAUAUUAAUCGAAGGAUUUGUGUGCUCGGUCUCGAAACGGAGCAUAACUUAAUUUGUUGGAAGGCUGGAAGAAUAGAGUGAUUUCUAGGAGCGUUAAGUGGUUCGCAAGCCGGAACAAAUCUUCUACUGUAAACGACUGCUGGUUUGGGUGAACCUGAAACCGAGCAGCUCGUUCUCUGGUGAUUGUGUAAAACCGUUUAGCCAUAAGUGACGUCGUCGGUUCGGUGCUAAUUUGAUACAAUGUUCUGGAUGUUCGCGCCGUCCCACGCUGUGCGAUAAUUAUCCCAUUGCAGCCGAAAAUUUGGAAGUGUAGUUUGCGCUUAAUAGCGGAUGAUUGCUUAGCCAUAUGAAAUAAUCUGCUUCGUUGGAUUUGUCGCUUGCUCUUUCUGCUACGUUGAUUGUUGAUUGUGUUACUGGGUUGAGAAACAAGUUAAUCGCAUUACUUAUCCCGACAACGGUGAUUAAUCGGUGCUGUGCUAACAGAACGGAUGAAGUUUGAUAAUUGAAGUUUGUGAUAAGUGAUUUUAUUAAAGAAACUACAGAUUUCAUCAUCUGCAAUAAAAAUACUGCGUUAGAGGUGAAUACAGUGUUUUUGGAAGUUAAGUGAAAUGCAAAUGGAUUAGUUAAAUUUAGUGCUAUUAUAUAAAGUUAAAUAUCUAUCGAACUCUUAAUACAGAAAGGAUUACAUUUUGUACUGAAGCAGAACUCUUACAGAGGCAGAGUACAGUACAGGACUUCACAUAAGCCAGUAACGAAAACGCAAAACAACGUUUGUGCAAAACAAUUGGAGGGAUAACAGCAUUAACAACAAUCGUGGAAGGCCAAGGCCGUUAUCAUGUUUCUAUAAUAAAUAAAAAAUGGUAGAAACCCUGAGUUGAUAUAAAAUGGAUUUCAAGGAAUUAAUACUGCUGCUAUGUUUGGUUCUAACGUUAGCCCGAGCAACGCACAGAGAUAAUAAAAGUCUGAAUGAGACUUUGAGCAGCUGGACCCCAUCCGACACGGAUCCGGAGGAUGAGGACGACGAGGAGGUACAGAAACGUGCGAAGGCUCAGGGUUGGUCAUCGUGGACCGAAUGGUCAACCUGUUCCCGAUCUUGCGACGGUGGAGUGGCAUAUCAGUUGCGCCGGUGUCACGCACCCCACGGCUGCAAAGGAGACGCCGUUCGGUACAAAAUCUGCAACAUGCAGCCGUGUCCAGAGCAGCAGGACUUUCGUGCUCACCAGUGUGCAGCGUAUGAUGACGUGCCCUACGAUGGGGCUCUGCUCAAGUGGACCCCACACUACGACUACUCGGAGCCAUGUGCACUAACAUGCAGGGGUCGACCACAGCAUUUGCUUGAGGAUAUGCCCGAUUCGGCAGCUGCCAGUGAAUCCUUUCCGCCCGUGGUUGGGGACGACGAGCCAAGUGUGAUAGUGCAACUCUCGAAUCGGGUUCAGGACGGGACCCGGUGUCGACCGGGUAGUUUAGAUAUGUGCAUCCAGGGCAAGUGUCAGCGCGUCGGCUGCGACCUCAAAAUCGGUUCCACCAAGAAGAUCGACGUGUGUGGGGUUUGCGGCGGGGACGGAACAUCCUGCAGCCAGCCGCUCUAUCAGUGGGAGAUAGCACCGAUGUCACACUGCUCAGUCACCUGCGGAGGCGGAUACAAAAUGGCCAUGCCCACCUGCCGGAAUCGCGUCACUGGUGUUGAUGUAGAAGAGUCACUAUGCAAUGCAUCCUCCCGACCGGAACCGACUGUAGUUCAGUGCAAUACUCAUCUGUGCCCUCCUAAGUGGGUCACCGACGAAUGGCGGCCAUGCUCAAAAUCUUGCGGCGGUGGAAUCAGGGAACGGGUCGUGGUUUGCGCUGAAGAGAGCAACGGGGCUAAGAACAAAGUACCGGACGAGGCAUGCCGGGGAGUCCGGCCGAAAAGUCAGGAGGCUUGCAAUGCCCAAGAGUGCCCAAAAUGGAUCAGUGGCGAGUGGAGUGGGUGUUCCGUAUCAUGCGGAAGUGGUAUCCAGGUUCGCAGUGUGGAAUGUUUGGACUCGAGUGGGCACUACAGCAAUCAAUGCGAUCCAAAAUCAAAACCGUCCGCGGGCCAACAGUGUACGACGGGCAUUGGGUGCAGUGGUGAUUCGUCCUCGACUGUCAUCGCAUCGUCAUCUUCGGGAGCCACGGGUGAGGCAGCGGAAGACAGCAAUGGUAGUGAAACCAAUCAUGCCAGCGGGAUGUCAUCCUCUGCUGACGAAAAGAACAUCCAUGUGGAACGAGAUCCCACCCUAAUGACGUACAAUGAUGAACCGUACUACGCACAGCCACUACGCCAGGACCGGUUACCAAAAGCGGAGAAAAUUGUGUCCCAGCGGGUUCCUAGCGAAGCAACGUUCAUCCAAGACACCGAGUGGUCUCCGUGCAGUGUCACAUGUGGAGAAGGGAUACGGCGGAAGCCGUUCCGGUGUAAGAUCUUCCUGGAGUUUUCGAAGCGAGUUGCCAUUUUGAACGAUUCUCUGUGUCACGCCUACAAACCGUUGGAUGAGGUUGAACGUUGCGUGAUGGAACCGUGCUCAUAUUCGCACAAUUUUGAGGAGUCCUAUCUGAAGGAUGGUAACCGACAAAAUCUAGAUGGAAUAAAAGUUCAAGCUGCCGUGCCAGGGAAAACUUAUUCCUGGCGCGAAGAAGGCUACACCAGCUGUAGUGCCUCUUGUUUGGGUGGAGUCGAAGAACUAAUCAUCAACUGCAUUCGGGAUGAUACCGGAAAGAUUGUGUCUCCUUUUCUCUGUUCACCAGAAACCAAACCGGAAGCUAGGAUACGAACCUGUAACGAUAUUCCAUGUCCACCGCGGUGGAACUAUUCGGAGUUUACACCAUGCUCUAAGUCCUGCGGGUUCGGGAUUCAAACACGUGAGGUCACUUGCAUACACGAGGUAACGCGAGGUGGUGAGAAUACGAUGAUCGUGCCGAACAGUAUGUGCACAACGAAACCUCAACCGGAUCGACAGUACUGCAACAUUAUCGAUUGUCCGGUUCGAUGGGAAGUUUCCGAUUGGAGCAAAUGUUCAAAACCGUGUGGUGGAGGAAUUAAAGAACGUCGCGUGGAAUGCAAGCAGAUCAUGGCCCAAGAACAUAAAGUGGAGCGACCUGCGUCGAUGUGCCCCAGCAGUAAGCCACCGGAUAAGAAACCUUGCAAUAGCAAGGCUUGUGCGCCGGAAGAUCAGCGUCCACCAAUUGCUGGAACAAAUUCUACUUUCAUACAGCAUGACUCCAAGAAGAACAAAAUUACACUGAAAAUUGGUGGUGCCGCUACAGUGUUCUUUGGAACACAAAUUAAAAUCAAAUGUCCAGUCAAGCGAUUCAAUCGGACCAAAAUAAAAUGGAGCAAAGACCAAACACCGUUGAUCAAAUCCAAGAAAAUCAAAAUUUCGAAAAAGGGUGCUCUCCGAAUUUUAGAUGUGACGUUCCGCGAAGCUGGUGUAUACACGUGUCAUGCCGGACUAAGUCACGCCGAUCUUCGGCUGUCGGUAAAGCCGAAACCUGGUGGUGUCGACAACAACAACGAAGAUAAUGAAAGCCAUCGAGAUGGAGCGGAUUUGAAUGCCCUACGAGAUCAUUCAUACGUGAUGUCACAAAACGGGGCCGAUGAAAAAGGUGGUAGAAGAAACCGCGAACGAACACGAGGGAAAAACCGACAACGACAACCGACUGAUCCCGUUCAGAAUGCCGAAAGUAGUGUAAUGGAGGAUGAGGAGCUUAUGAGAUCACAUUCGCAAAUGACUGCUUCGGACAGUACGGUGGCUUCCGACGUGGCGGCUUCCAGCUCCGGCACCCGGACGAUGCCGAUGCCACACUUUCAGCAUCUCCUGGCAAGCCUGCAGUUUCUAUGGCCAUUUCAGACUUUCACCAACUCGAAGGGUCACCAGCUGCUGAUGGAGCACGAGUACAGCCACCUCGACAUGGACGGGGCAGAAAAGGACGAACCGGUUAAACCAUUCAACGUGUAUGAGCUAUUGAACGCUCGCGAUAGAUACGGAAUUGGUUCCAACGAGAAGAAUGAUUUAGAAGCGGGCGCAGAAUCACCUGCACUACCGGAGAGCAUCGAGUUCGAGUGGAUGACCACCCCUUGGUCGGAAUGUUCACAGACCUGUGGAGCCAACGGCAGCGGAUAUCGGCUUCGCUCUGCUCACUGCAUGGUAAAACUGGUAAACGCCACUCACACUGUCGACAACGGGCUGUGCGAGGACGCCGGUCUGUCAAUACCGGAGACAGUGGAAAAAUGCGGUAACAUUGAGUGCCCUCGCUGGGUUACCACCGAGUGGUCCCUCUGUCUACAGUCUAAAUGUUUCACAUGGCAUACGGCCCUCCAGAAGCGAGAUGUUUUCUGCAAAUUUGCCAACAUUACCAACAGUGACAAGUGCGACACUUUGGAGAAGCCCGUCACCAAGCAGGAGUGCUACAACGAAAUGUGCAAGGGCGUAUGGCGUGUGGAGCCCUGGUCAGAGUGCAACUCAGCUUGUGCCGGCCAGGGCAUAAAGUACAGAAUACUGCAGUGUGUUUGGUACGGUACCAAGAAGCCGGCUGGAAAUGCUUGUAAGGAUCAGCCGAGACCCGCUGUUAUGAAAGUUUGUAAAGGACCACCUUGUAUUUCUAAUCUAUCAGAGUGCAAAGACUUAUCAAGGUACUGUAAAAAUGUAAAAACAAUGGGCCUGUGUAGACUUCAUCGUUACCAGCAACAAUGUUGCAAAACCUGUAGGUUUAACAUUUAUCAAUAAAGUAUUCUCAACCGCACUAAGGAGCAAUAGAGUUGACAUGAGGAACCAAAAAAAUAAUACAGCAGUGCUGCUGCAGAGGCGGUUCGCACUGAAAAUACCUACCUUAUAGUUGAAAUCGAAAUCCUACCAAAUCGACUAGUACCGAACGCGGAAAAACAAACGGUGGUCUCAACUAUUCAGAGAAAAAAAAACUAUACUCCGGAGAAAAUGAAAAUUUCACUACAGGACAAUUGUAUAUUAUAUUAUGACAUUGUAUUGAAAAUAAGUUAGGGGAAUGCAAUUAGCUGAAAGAGAAAUGCCAAUGUAUGAAACCGAUUAUGUUGGAAUAAUCUGUCAUUUACUGUGCUUUAACAGAAACAAGUUUAUUUAUUAGUGAGAGUAAUUAGGCAAAACAGGUGUAAAUAGUUACUUUAAUAUAAUAAAUGAGAAUUAAAAAUUCGAGAAUACCGAUAUUAAGGUUAGCCAGAGUAUAUCGAUAGGAAAAUUAAAGCAAAUGAAAAGUUGAAAGUUUAGGUUCCAACAGUUUUGCUUUUCCAUACAUUCAAAAAAUCAGUAAAUUGCCAAACAAAGUAAACGGGGUUGAGAUAACAUGAAACGACACAACUUUGCAAUGUAUUUCCAUCUCUUUAAAACUACGAAUUGUUCCUCCGAAUUGUAUUACAAAAAAUCACUCACACACACACACACAAAAUGACAUUCGUUGGAAUGAUCGCAUAGUUCGAAAGCUAUUCAAAUCCUACGCCUAAGUUACCCUACCCUACUCAUGUCAUACGGUCAAGAUUUUUAUUAAUUAUCUAAAGUGCAUUUUAAAUACCAGUUUGAACAACAAAAUCGCACAUUUUUUAAAGCGUAACAAAAUCAUGAAAUUAUGCAACCCAGAUCAGCCUAAACGAAAUAAUCACCAAGUUAAGCACUUUCGAAUUACGAAUAUCAUACCUUACAAUAAUUCCAAGAAUCGAGGCAAAAUGUGAUCCGUACUUUGAUACCCGUAAACUUGUGGCGGAAAAAAAAUGCAACUGCUUCCAGUACCAACCGGAAUGACAGACUCUUGUUGAGCAAUAUUGGAACAAAUGGCACUAAUAAGAAGGCGAAAAACAAAUUAAAAACGAAUAAUCGAUCAAUUGUUGAAAACAGAACACGAUACGUCCGAUCCAACUCAAUCAUGGAGUAAAACCUGAAAUUGUUUUGAAUUUGUGUACAGAAUGUUUGUGGUGUGCAAAUAGGAUGAACAUUUCCUGGUUGAUAAGCGACAGGAGUAAAAAAAAUUAUAGAAUACCUUUUCCGAAGGGUACACGAUGCUGUAAAAGAGAGGGAAAUGAGCUAAGAUUACUCCAUAACAUGGUUCUAAAGAAGGACAGAUUUCGUCCAGCUAAUAUUCCACAGUUUAACUUCACUAGCAUGUCUGCCGGGAACCGAAUUCACUGGAGAAAUUAGACGCGUUAGAACUCGAACCCUCGAAGAACGAGGGACUAGCGUGUUUUCGAGUGUUGCCCUUGUAACACGUUCAUUUGUACUAUCGUAUCUUUAUUGUAUUGUAUCUUUGUUGCGCAAUUCCCAUCAAUAAAGAAAUCACACCUUACUUAUUAGCAAAGUAACGAAUCACUAUCGAGCCUCAUUCUUACGAUUUAUGAUGUAUACUUCGCAUACAAAGCAAUACCUAAAAUAUCAUUUGCAUCACUAUUAACAACAAAACAUAAUUUCCACUUGUUUCAUUUUUCAAAACAAUAAAUAACCGGUAUUUGAUGCAAAAAUAAUGUGGGGUUUUCUAUAAUAUCUAGACUAGACUAACUAAAAGUGUGUAGGAAUAUUGUGUCGACCAAAUCGUCAAUUUUGGUGUGAUUCUGCAUUAAAGCCAAAUUCCAGCAAUUUAAAUUAGAUUUUACAAGAACUUGAGUGAACCUCAUUGGAUGCACAUCGUAUGACAGGUACGAGUGGUAUGUUCACAUGUUCAUUCCAAUUAGGUUUUGCACGAUGACCACUCGAUCGAACUACCAAUGAACUGCCGAUGAAUCAAGUUCACCUUUUGACAGCUAUCAGUGGUUUGUUUACAUAUCUAUUCACAUGUAUUCAAAUUAGAAUGAACGCAAUGAACACAUAAACAAACCACUGAUAGCUGUCAAAAUCGAUUCAUGUUGUGAGGUUAUGUUAUGUUCGUGCAAAACCUAAUUCAAAUAUGUGUGUAAUUAGGUUUAGCAAGAUGACAUCACAAAUGAACUCGUGAUGAAUAAAGUUCGUGUUUGAUAUAUACUGGUGCUUUGUUAAACAUUUCUAAUUAGGUUUUGCACGAUGAUGACAUGAAUGAACUGCCGAUAUAUCAAGCUCAUCUUUGGACAGCUAUCAGUAGUUUGUUUACAUAUCUAUGACAACGUAUUCAAAUUAGAAUGAACACAUAAACAAACCACUAAUAACUGUCAAAAUUAAUCAUUUUGUUCAUUUUUGUGAGGUUAUGUAAUGUUCGUGUAAAACCUAAUAACACUUCUAAUUAGAAUGAACAAUAUAAUAAAUCAUAAUUAGCUGUCAAAUAAUGUUAAUUCAGUGAGUUUUGUGAUGUUAUGUCAUGUUCGUGUAAAACCUAAUUGUUAAUUUAAACAAAUCGUCGAUAGAUUUCAAACUUUAAUUUAAAUCAUAAAGAGUUCAUUUUUGGCGUUAUUUUGUAAAUACUAAUUGACAGUGAUGACGACAAAUUUUCGAAAACAUCUGGGACUAUUGCACCAAUAGUAAAUUCAUUAGUAGAGAGGCCAUAUUAUUUCGCCGGAUACUCCACCGACUUUCAAUCAACGAGUUGUGAUAAAAUCGGAUUCCAUAUCUUUACUUCGGCUCACAGAAGCAGAAAAAAUAAUUCGAAAAUUGCUCAAUACUGCUGUUAUAGCGACGUGAAAACUCGAAGCGAAUGUUUCUAUUCUCAUCUGGCUUAAAGUCAAUCUAUCGAACGAAGAUAGCAGAUCUUAAUCUAAUUAAUGGUUGUCGUAUAUUAGAUGACUAAUGGAGCUGGGAUAAAUGGGGGUACCUUUGCCCUACACUGCGAAAUUUCUAUCAAAACCAAGUGAACGAAAUUAGGUAUUGAACGAUUACGACACAAAUGAACUGUCGAUGAAUCGAAUUCAUCUUUGACAGCUAUGGGAGGUUAGUUAUCAUUUCAACUAAUACGUAUUCAAAUUAGAAUGAACACAUAAACAAACCACUGAUAAUUGUCAAACGGUGUGCAUCCAGCUCAUUUGGUGAGGUUAUGUCAUAUUCGUGCAAAACCUAAUAGAGAAAUAACAGAAUGAAUUCUAGUUCUUCGAACUUCUCCGAAAUCGAAAAUCUACGGAUUACUAUUUUUUCUACUACUCUUGAGAUCUACAGAUUCCACAUUAUCACUCCAGAAAUCAACAGAAAAAUUAUACAAAAUUUAUCAAACUCGUUUCUAUGCAAUAAAAAAAUGUGGCAUUAUUCAUACAUCUAAUCGAAACCAAUCACUCAGUUUUGAGAGCCUGCAACAAGAAAUACAACUCUGAACAACUUUCAACUGACAGCUAAAAUGGAACAAAAGGCGCCCUUUGAAGCUAUAUUUAAAUCGUGUUUAUUGAACUUUAAACUUCCAUCAUAACGAUUUUUUUUUCUUGUUUCACUUGUACUUCUUCUAUCUCACACAUUCUGUCUUUGUUUAAUACAAUAGCAGGAUUUUAUCCUUCCUGUGGCAUUAAUUAGUUAUUAAUUAAUUAUCUAUAAAAUACUCCGGUGAUUAUAGAGUUGUUGGUAAUUCUAGCGUUUUGAAAUCUUUUUGCAUUUUUAGGAAUCACAUUGCAUCCUUACUUUCAUAUACUCAAAAAUUUGAGUUCAUUCAGUUUUUUCGAGUCUUGUCUUGUUUAAAAUCAACGCUUCGUUCUCUAUUAAGGUGUGAAAUCUCAUUUAAUAAUCUAUUAAAAGGUGAGAUAAAGUCUCUCGACGGGUGAACUUAUGAUGGAACAAGUAGGAUGAACAAAUGACGAGAAUUCAAGUGGUGUUCCCCUUGUAUCAUCGCCCAUCAACAAUUCUGGAAGCGCUUUACUAAUGAAUUCCAAUGAGAAACUUCCUUAUAGAAAGCAAAAAGUACCUCUUAUUAGACUACUUUUGACGUAGGAUUACGUCUUCGUUUUCUAUACAGGGAUGCAAAUUCGAAGUACGGAAAAUCAAAUCAUUCAAACUCUGAUCAUGUUUUGAACAUCUACAAAAGUUUCAAAGAUUAAUUAUCGAAAUUAUAUUUCCCAUAGAUACAAAUAAGUAUAUGUGGAGCACAGAAAAUCUGUUGCCUAAAUAUUCUAAACAUAAAAUUACAGUGAUCUUGACAACAGUUUUGUAGUUUCUUGUUUUACUUAUUUUAGAACUGUUUUGAAUCUUCUCUUCUAUUCUGUUGUUGUAUAUUAUAUAGUUUUCGAAAUACAAACAGCAAAAGCACUCAACAGCGAUAGUUCCACUCAAAUUAAUGUCGUUUUCGCUUGAUGCCAAACCUAACCCAGUUUUCACCCUAACUGCUGUCAAACCGUUUUUUUAAGCUAGUUUCGAACCUAGUUUCAACGUUGUUGAGCUGAAAAUCGAGUCAGUUUUUAUAUCAAGUUUGCUCAAAUCCCCUUCGCUAAGUGCGAAACCAACACAGUUCCUUGAAAAGUGUUUGUUUGAUGAAACUACCCUGGGUCAGUUUCAGUUUUGCACUCAAACAAAUAAUCAUAUUUUAAUUACGUGAAAAGUUAUGUGAAUAUUUUCACCCUCAUUUUCACGUAGUUUUUAAUUUUUUUUAGAAGCUAUUUAAUGCAUAAUCUAGAAGAUUUCACCUACUAGAUAUAUAAUUGUAAAUAAUGUUAAUUAAUGUUGGUGAAAGCUACAUGUAAUUAAAAUACUUUUCACUUAAUAUUGCGAAAACAUUUAAGUCAUGUUAUCUUCUAUGAUAACUUGAAGAAAUUGGCGUGGAGGCCUGUCUCCAAGCACAUAUAUGCAGAUUUUCUCACAUUUUCGGUAAAAUAAAUAGUUUUCUUACCAAGAAAAAAAAUAUUUAAGAAAAAUUGAAAUUAAAACAUGAAAGUUUAAUGGCGUGUUUAAUUAAAUUGGCACGAAAACUUGUCUCCAAACAUCUUUUGGAGUAAUUAAGAUUUUAUCAUUUAAUAAAAAUAAAUUUUAACACCUGAAAGUUCAAUGGUGACUUCAAAAUGUAACGUGCCUCGCUCUGUCUCAAAUGUCGAAUCCUGAUAAAAUUCAAUUGCUGUCGACAAGAUCGUGGGAGUAGAUUAGUUAGGCUACCAACUGCAAUUGAAAAAUUUAGUUAAAUGAAAAUCUCAAUGCUUUUCGCUUUCUAGCCAUUGAAUGAGUUUUUUGCAAAUUUUCAAACAACUCACAACAUAAGGGCAAGGAUGAUGAUGUGAGGAUUCUAUUCAUUCUAGGGGAUGUUUGCAUAACAUUCAUUACCGUCACGUAAAAUUCACUUUGACAUUUGAAAUCAUUUCACAUGAUUUCUAAAGGAAUUCUAACGUGAGUUUUUAUUUGAGUAUACUAUUAAGUAGAUCAGAAGCGGAUUUCCAAUUUGUUUAGCGAGCAAAAAUAAAUUUCAAAUCAGUAAAUUUUGACGAAUGGCUGCGAAAAAGUGAUUUUCAAAUGUCUGCGACCAAAACAUACCUGCCACUUAUUUAAGGAAUCUUCAGAUUGACAGACAAGUCUGCAGACCUGGCAUCUAAGCGCGGGCCAUUUCGCCGAAAACCGUUUCGCCGAUAGCUUUCAAUACGAUAUUAACUGUAUUAAUAGAUUUGAUGAUAGAUUUCAAUACGAUUUUAACUGUAUUAAUCGUAUUAACUGUAUGAUUCGCCGAUAUAAUUCUUUUGGCGAAAUGACAUUUUCGGCUAAACGGCUUUCGGCGAAAUGGAACUGACCCGGUGUAACUUACCUUUCAUGUUUUGUUUGCAUAGACCUUCUAAAACCCAAUUCAAAUUACUUUUUCCAAAAUUAGGUUGCAGAACGGAAACCAGAAAUAGGAUGGAAAGUCCUCAAAAUUAGCUAUAUCAUCUUCUGUUAGAAUCGAGACGAGCGACUAACAGUUCUGCCCUCCACCAUCAAAUGAUUCAACAAACAACUUCGUUAGUGCAGUGCUUCCAGACUUGCUAGGGCUAUUCACAACGCGGUAAUGGAUAUCUGUUCUAAAACGACAGACUGUCGUAUAUUUAAAAAAUUGUCAAAAAUAAGUCUCGAGCUUGUUGAUCUCAACGCGAAGCUUUAAUAUAUAUUCUAUAUAUUUCUGUAAAUGAAUUGGUGUUGUGUCUAUUCACUAUGAUGUUUUCAAUCAGAACCAAACAAACUAAUUUAAUGAUAUGAAUUUUUUACAGGAACUUCUAUAAUUUCUUGAUCAUAGCGAGCUAGAGUACACAGCAAGAAAUAAUGAAAUUUACACGACAUGUAAAUCAGUAUUAGCAUGGAAUAGACAUUGGUUGAAUCGAAUAUUCCAUUGAAACCAUCAUCGAUGCAAAAAUAAAUUGAAUUGCAUUGAAUUUUAAAUGAAUAGAACUGUAUCUUUCAAUUUACACAUAGUUUUGUGAUUAAAUUGUAUUGUGAAGUAAUUUUAUGUUUAAUUGUCUGCUCCAAUUAUGUGUAUGAAAAUAAAUGUAAAUUCACAAAAUAUUUUUAUCUGUGUACUUCUAAAUGAAACUGUAUUAUUCAGUGCAAAACAUUUAAAGCGUAUAUUGAUAAUUUCUGAAAUGUUAUUCAACGCUUUGACAUCUCGUCUGUCAGAUUCCGUUACAGACACUCACGCACAAAAAAUUAAAACAGUGUUCUGUUCGUGUUUCAAAUAUUCAUUAAUUUAAAACAAUUUCGUCGAGCAGCUUUUAAAUUUGUUUCAAAUUUUUACUCGAAAAAUAGAACUAGAUCUCAGCUUGACAUGUUUUAGUUGUAGAUCCUAAAGUAGAGAUCAGUCCAUAUGAAAUAAAACAGCUUUGCAAAUAACCUAACAGCUAUUAAUGCAGGAGAAAGGAUGCUGGUAUUCUCAAGUCAUUUGUACAUACCACGGAACAAUUCAUUGCAAUUAGUCCAAAUUCUAUCAUUCGAUAUUUAAAAAGGUUGUAUUACAAGGGGCGCUAUUUUCAUGUUCUCGGAAGAGUUCUGUUCCAUGUAUGCAUGCUGGAAGAGAGCAGUUCUAAGAGCAUGUUCAAAAGUAUUCUAGUUCAAGAUAAAUAAUUAAAAAAAUGGAAUUUGGAAUUCUUAACGACAAAAAAUUGGCACCCCAGCAGCAUUUUGCUCGUGUUUCAUAUAAAUAAAAUAGAACGCCAACCAGAUUUCAUUUUCACAUCGGAACUUUUCCAAAAACUGCUGGGAAAAACACUAGAUUCAAUAUUUCAGUUCAAUUAAAAAUUAGUCACUGAACAUGCUAUUAGAGUAAAUACAUCUUCCGGAAAAUCUAAAUCAUAAAAUAAUAGCGGUCAAAGUUUUCUUAAGAAUCAUGUAAUGGUUACGUAUUGGAGUCUGGAAGUCUUUUUGGAGCAUACUAUGGUCUUUAGAUGAUCUUUUGUGGUGUUUCGAACCAAGCGACUAUGCUUUAUUCCAAGAUUAAAUGUUCCGUCUUUAUCUAAGUUUGAUAAUUCUUGGAAUUU